UCAUUGCCCUCCCCAUCGUUCAGGCGCCCUGAUCCUCUCCUAUUCCUGUUCUUGCUAUGAUGGAACACGACAUCGAGGUCGACUAUGACUAUGCUGACGAUGACGAGACUGGUCUCGCAGAUCAUUCCCGCAAGUUGUCUCGCCCAGGGGACGUCGACGACGACGAAGACGCCGUCUCUUUAGGGCCUGACGAGGACGAACCUGGCUACUACCACAAAGACUCUUACCAGAAUGAUACAUUUCCGUCUGAAGAUGGGGAUGCGGCCGACGCCAAUGAUGAUGGCACGCCUUCAAGCUCGACGCCACAUUCAACCAAUCUUCCUCAGCACAAGCCACAACCGUCGACGAGGGAGAAUUCAGUGAAUUCUCCUAGAAAUACCACCUCUCCUCAGCGUUCUCAUUCUCAUAUCAAUAUCAUUCAUGGGUUGCCUCCAAAACCCGUAGUGGCCAACGUCCCUUUUUUGCAUCCGUCACACCCAUCGCUCAUCGAGGCCACUGCAAUGUCGCGUACCACCGCGAAAACUAAAACUUCAUCAGGUAACAAUGGAUUUGCGGCAAAGCCACCUUCUUCUGUAGAUGCGAAGGAAUUACCGUUGGACUGGCAAAUUCGCAAGUCGCACAACGGUGAUAUGUAUUACUACAAUACCAAGACCCAUGUCUCUACGUGGGAACGACCCGUGCGAAAUGGUUUGCAAGAUGACAAAACUUCUCAGCCCAUGCAUUUCCCGACUUCCGGAAGCUCAGGACCCAAAGAUCUUUCCUAUGAAGAUAGGCAUUAUCGUCCGGGAGAGAAUGGCGCACCUCCUGGAGAUUCUCGUCCUCCUGUUUUACCUCCAUCGAACAGGGGUGGUACUACUGAUACAUGGUUUGGUAGCGCUGUGGCUCCAAGCUAUGACUCGCGCACACCACCGGAUUCUCCUCAGCAUGGAGAUCAGCUCAGGUCGCCACUUCCGAUGCCGCAGCGUGGACGUCGUCGACGCCAUGCUAAUUACGAUGGUGAAGCCAUCAACAGUCAUGGCGAUUCUCGUCGUCCAAUGACACCUCCUCGACGAACUGAAACAGAUACUCUUCAAGAGUCCAGGCGACAACCCCGUGUGCAUGACUAUGAACCGCCUCAAGCACAAUCUAAGUUUCCAAUAGAGAGGGAGAAACUACCGGUGCGACAAGAGCCCUCCUCACGCAACAACCGUGGUAAUCCGCCGGAGCGGGAACCCCGUGAUUCGCAGCCUCAAAAUACCACUUCCAGUACGUUAAUCCGCCUCAUCAUGCACUCUUCCCCCUUCUCCAUACGUGCAUCUGUAUGCGCUCGCGCUGUGACCCGCAUGUAUGCUGUAUUCAUGGGUGCGCUAUCAUGUUACGCAUCGUUCCCGAUCCCUUCCCCUCACUCUGCUGUUGCCGACAUAAGGACGCUCAUCAUGGACUCCCUCUGUUUCUUCCCUUUCAUCCCCUCUUUUCUCCUCAUGUAUCCAUUCCUCAUGUAUAUUUGUUCUCCCAUAUCCUCCUUCCUUUUAAACAGGACAUAGAUCUCCACCGCCUCCGUCAUUUGAACCGCCACCGCCUUCGCAACGUUCGUCCAAAAGAGAUAGGCCGUCGCGCUUUGGUGGUCCUAUCGAGGCGACUCCUGCCCUCGCGUCGCAUCCUCCUUCGAGGAUUGCUGAUGUGCCUGAGCUCGUGCCGUUCCCCAACGGGCUCAAGGGACCACCGAAGCACAGCAGUGCCCCCCGUUCCACUUCGUCACCUCCUAUA